AUGUCCAACGGGCUUGACCUGUCAAACCCAAUGGCAUUCGCAAACCUGACAUUGGUGCUCAUGCCAUUGUUGCGGGAUGACACGGGCCUGGUCACGGCCCGAGCUGGGCUUGCCAAAUUCCGGAUCCGCACUCUUAACAGCAAUGACAUUGCAAACAUCAUUGCCAAAGUCGCCAUCAAUGAGGACUUCAUAGGUGCCGUCGCUUUUGGUCACAAACUCCUUUUGGUAGGUCACUUGAGUAGGGUCCGUCCUCUUUGUGCACAGAAUUUUACCAACCGCAGCUGCAACCAAAAAAUGAGCAAUAGGGAUGAAAUCGAUGCAGAUCUAAAAGAAAAACAGCGCGUGUACAACCAAAAGUACAACUCAGUAAAGCAUACGAUGUGCGAGGGGGAAAGGGUUACCAGCGAGUGGUCUGGAAGCUUUGGUCUCGUAGCCACAGAGGCAGGUGUCGCCGUAUACGGAUCCCUUCAGCAUCAACUGAUCGCCAUUGAAACUGGCGCUAACAAUGGAGGGUACCACGCAUAG